AUGGACAUUUCGCAUCUGAGCUUCGGCAGUGUUUGCGAAUUCAUUAAAUCGUCCGAAGGCUCGUCAAAUAGCUCGCUGGAAGUCCAGGACCUGAUCUCACAAUUUCUCAGGGACUACCGUCAGCUGCUACUGAACCCAGGCCUAUACAACAAUCCAGGUGCGGAAGUUGCCUCUAAACAUGAGCCGCUUAAAAUUGGAAGCAUCAGUUACGAGAUCUCGGGAGAAAUUUGGAAAGAUGCUUCGCAGCUGUGUCGCUUCCUCGGUGUCAGCCAUCAUCAUGGAUUACGUGUCGUAGCCCAGACACAUUUUCGCAGUGGCUUGAAAAAGGACCGAUUAUUUUUAUACGCCCAGCGUAUCUUACAAGAGCGGAAUGAAGUGGUAGAAACAUUGCUCGCCAUUUUGACAAGUGACUACGAGACUUUCGCGGCCAGCAGGGAGCUUAUCAAGGCAAUUGCUACCGAUCGAACUACUGUAUGUCUGCAUUUGAUAGAAAUAAUAUCAAAGGUGGCCAAAGACUCCGCGUCUUUAAACAAAUCCGAUGCUCUUUGGUCACAAGAGCUACAAGAUUACAAAAGCUGCCAAGAUGUAAUCUACGCGGGCAAAAUCCUAAGACUUCUGCCUAUUAUAAUUAUAAACUCAGACACCCCAGUGGGCGUAAUCACAUCAUGGUUUACAGUAUUGAAGGAUACCAAAUUUUUUUCAUGCUUUUCACCCUCUGGCGCAUCACGCGAGGUUUCCGAUCAAAUUGAAGCGCUAGCAACUGUCAAUACUGUGCUUAUGCUUGGUUUGGAUGUAACGUCUUUCUCCAUUAACACAGACGCUUCUUAUUUCGAAGAUGUUGAAUGCUUCAAAGCGAUCAACAGUACACUUUUAGACCAACCUGGAAGCGCGUUAAUAUUAUACUACUGGUCUUUUGUCCUUUCAUUAAAAUCAUACCUACUAGAAGAGUCGCCUGAAAGUAACGCACAAUUUGUACAAGAGGUCUUUGGAAGCACACCCAUCACUCAGAUCACAUCAUACCUGGUUAAAUACGCAGAAGACUUAGAUGUCCUUGGGUCAUUUUUGAGGUUUUCGCACUGCGUGGAACAUGACGAGCUGUGGUCUUCCGUCCUGUCUUCCUUGCUAGGAUUGUCACUAAACUUCGUUACGAUGACAAAGCAAACGGCUAAAACAAUCAAGGAAAUCUUGGUAAAGGCUCCAAAAGCUUUUGUUGAGAAAUUCCUUACCAAUCCUGAAGUCGAAAAAAAGGUAAGCCUCAUUCGCACUAAGGUGCCACUAGUAACUGAGGGCCUUAUUCCCUUGAUCUACUUUACUACUAUACAUCCGGAGUUUGCGAAUUUCGAGUGGAAAGACCUUAAUACUUAUACUGAAAAGCUUAGACUAUCCAACAUCUCUUAUGAUAUGGCUGAGACUGAUGGAACUUUUUCAGUGAGCAGCGACUUCAUUGUCCUUAAAGAGGAGCUGUUGGUUCGGCCACCGUUCGAAUGCCAAGAAAAUGUGCUGAUGCCAAUUCCGAAAGGCACUUACGGUAAAAUCAUCCCCAUUUCAUCAACAGCCGAGGAUGCUGUUGUUUUCAUGCACACAUAUAACGGUUGGUCUCUUUUGGGGCGAAUCGUUCAGAGUUUGUGCGAAAGUUAUACCCAAUCUGAAGAGGAUCAGAUAAAGAAAGGGAAAUCUGAGCUUGCCGUGGCAAUCAUCGAUUUGAUAGGAAAUACAGUUGGUCCUGAAUCGCCUAUUGAGAGAUCUAUAGAGGUUCUUCAACAUCUAUCGGGCUAUGUGGAAAAUGGUGACAUAGUUUCUGUGCUGUUCAAGCUUUUCGAGCUCGCGUUACACGCCAGAGAUCUCGAAGUUGUCAAUGCUGGUCUUGGCUUAAUGAUUGAGUUGAUCUCAAACUUCCCUCAUUUCGUGUGGUCCCAUUUGGCUCGUUCUAAUCUAAUUGAUCGAAAUGGAAAGGAAGGCUUAGCGGCUUCCAUCCUUGCGAACAUGGGACGGACUUCAGGAGAUUUCAAGUCCAGUAUUUUGUUGAUAAGAUUGACAAAUUGCUUAAUUUCCGAAUCAAUAAGCAUAGAAGAGUCGUUUCCCGAGCGCAUGAAAAAAGAAAUUAUUGGUAAGUUGAUGACUUACAUGAUUCGCAUAUAUGAAGGUUUUCAAUUUCAGAACUACUCGAACCAUCAACAGCGUCUUGAAAUUGGUUUACUACUUACAUCCUUGAUCACUAAAAUCUUAUACGCUGUGUAUGGGAUCGACCCGUCCUCGCUGCCUCAGAAGAAAGUCACCAGUGUUUUAUCAAAUGCUGCAGAACUUGCGAUAGGUGCAUUCUUAAGCACUUCAGCAUUAGACAAUAGGGCUGUUGAUUCAUUGAUUGCAAUACUCACGUCAACUAAUGGUGACACUUUCGUUCGUAAGAGUCUUCCCUUUACAGAGCUAUAUUUUCAGCUUGUGAAGCAAAGCUUUGAACUUUCCUACCUUUUAAUAUCUGUGAGAUCACUUCUAAACUUACCACCAUCUGCGUUCGAAAGGUCAAUCUUCACAAAGUCAGCGAGUUUCGUUAAAUCUUAUGCUUCUACUUUGGAUCAACGUACUCAAAUUAUCAAACUAUUCACACACUUGGUACGAGCACCGUGGGAUAUGGAGGCGCCUUCAUUACUUUCUUACAUGGGAAACAAUAACUCAAAAUUGUUAUUGAGCUGUGUUGCUUACGAUUUAAAGGGCCCUCUAACCAACCAAACUUUAGCAAAAAGCUUGUACAGCUUUUUUUCUGCAAUCAUGGAGAGCAAACAAGACGGUUUAGCGGUUCUGUUUCUCACAGGAAAAUUAGUAUCACUAAAUGAUAAAGAAGAAGUGGAGAGUGACAGCACAGCAGUUUCACACUCUAUAUUAACCAUUCUCAAAAAUAAUGCAUUGAAGUUGGAUAAACUUCCAGAGUCCGUAAGCUCUCACUUGCUUGAUGCAAUUGCUUACGCCUUCAACACCUGGACGGCCGCAAGAGGUUACGAAAACGACACCGAGUUUAUCAACAUAUUAGUCAAAAGACUGGAAACGUUCCAACCCCAGACUACAAGUGAAAAAGUAACCGCAGAACAAUUUAUUGAAUUUUCUAAUCAAUACAAGGUCGUCUCUAGAAUUGCCGAAAUAUUAGCCUUGUCUUUGUUCACUUCAACAGCUGAUAACAAUGUUCUGUUGAAGGUCCUUAACAAACCUGAUUUGGCAUCCUCCGUCAAGAAAAUAUUUCAAAUUGAUGGUUACGAUGAAAAACUCCAAAGUUCUCUACAGAGCAAGUUUCGGUCACUGUGGCCCAACAUUCAGCUUUCGAUGUUCACUUCCUCACCUCUUCUAAGGCUCAGCAGAUCUUUUCAUACCAGCAUUUUUGAUAUCCCUUUAAUGGAUCAAUAUUUCGAGCAGGAUGAAAAGUGGAUCGGGACCGAUUCUGUUACUGGAUUCCGACACACUGUAGUUGCAGCCUCUAUCAACUUACAGUUUGUUAACUACCAAAUAGCAGCCGCAAAAUCGUGGGGCGCUUUGCUCACUUCUUUUAUUAGAAAAUCACCAGUACCGCUAAAUGACACAUACUUGGAUAUCGCCGCUUACCUACUAGCAUCUGAUUCUAAAGCUGCAACCAACGGGUCCAUUUUCAAAGACAUCUAUUUGGCGCGCAUUGAGCUCGCCUUUUACAUCCUCUACUCCUUUCUUCAGACAAAGAAAACAAUCCCAGACAAAAAAUUGAUGAAUCUGCUUUUGAGCACAAUGGACAUGGUAAAAUCCAAGGAAGUAGGGUUUUUGGAUAGUAUCUCACAACCAUCCAAGUUGUCUUAUUAUAGACCACUCAUUAGAAUUGUCCUGAUAAUAUGCUCCUUAGUGAAUAAUGGCAAGAUAUUUGUGGAAUCCGUAGCUGAUCAUCUUCUUGAAUAUUUUGAGUUGACAUUCGGAAAAGGUGUCAACUCAAUAUUAUCAACUUUGUUGUCAGAAAUCAACUCGUCCGUGUCACACAGGAAAAGACCUGUUCUUGUCAACUUAGCUGACAAAAUCCAAGAUCUUCUCCUUUUACUCUCGUCCUUCACCAAGAUAAAGAGCUUACAACCGCCCAAUGAUUUCCAAAUGAUCUUGGCGUCGUCACUGAACGAAGUAGGCACUAUCAAGACGAUUCUAAAUGUCUACUCGAGCUCGCAUUUAUUGAACUUCGAGGAAGAACCGGUGCUUUGCGAUUUGUCGCUAACAUUUUUGACAGAGUUGUGCUCCGUUGAAUAUGUGGCUGAGAAACUUAUUACCAAUGGCCUUUUUUCCGUCGUACUUGAGAGCCCAGUGUCUGUCGCUAUUCAACAGGGUAAGAUCAUGCCCCAUACUCAGCCCAAAUUGCACACGUUGUGGUCCGACGGUCUCUUGACCAUAAUACUGCAGCUUUUGAGUAAAUUUGGAAAGAAAAUUCUACCUGAAUGUUGCCUGUUUGUUUCCUACUUUUCAGAGCAGAUAAAAAGCGCCAUUUCACAGUGGUCAGAUCCUUCCUUAGCAGUUUCCAUUGCUGCGAUUAAAGAGACUUCUCAACUAAUUAUGCUGCAGCGAAUUCUUAAUGCUCUUGAUUAUCAAGACUACUUGACAGAAUCCAAUAUUCAAACUAAGAUUAUUGACAAAACAGAAAUAAUUGAGCUAUUCUACGGUUUAGACACCUUCGCGGAGAGAAAAGAACUCAGUUAUGCGUUCAAACACUUAUUAACGCAUCCAAAGUUUUUAAAUUCAAGGAUUGUUUCUACUACACUCGAGGAACAGCGAUUAAUGGAUAAUGAAGAAACAAGAGCUAAUUUCGUGAAACGCGUCAUAUCGGGUAUAAAGAACUUGGAUGGAAGUUUGUUUUCAGAUAUCGCAUGA